AUGGCGGGGUGACUGACUCACUGUGCACAUUGAUUUUCCUCGUGAGUUCAGGGCACACAAAAGCACCGCCUUUUUUUCAUUGCACACAAGUCACAAUGGACGGGCUUGCAUAACACACGUGCACACGCCGAGUGACUUUGCUCUUUUGUUGUGAACGCUGCCAACACGGCGGGCGAUUGUGAGCGUUUUCUUCCAUUUGUAAACUUAUUUGGCGAGCGCCAACCUGCUCGUCGACAACGGAAAAAAGGCGGCGAGGAAUACGCCGACGCACGACCGACGCGCCUUCAUUCUGAGCUCUGACAAACUCGGUGCUCCCGUCGACCUUUGGCCCUAUGGAGGAUCCCACUGCUGUGGCCCCGCCCCGGAGCUAUCGUUAGAGCUAACGCUAAGCCCCGGCUUUUUGUUUUGAAUUUUGGUGGGCAUGUCAAGCAUGACAGAAUGCACAAAAAAAAAGUUUGGUUGAAACCAGAUUCUCUCCUGAAAAAAUAGAAAAAGAAAUAAAACACAACCCACUUUUUCCUUCCCGUGGCUGGAUUCUAUCCUAUCUAAACCGGGCUGAAAAAACUUUUUUUCAGACUAAUGCGGCCGACCCGGUUGGCCGCGUCCGAGAUUUAAAGCCAUUUGCCGCCGGCGCCGCCGCACUGCGCCGAUGAUAAAGCGUGUGACGGGAAGUAGGAAACAGCUGCAAAACACAAAAGGGAGCAGUUUCCCAUAUCACAAGCAACAACAGGACUUUUUUUUCCAUUUCAAUUGGUCAUUAAAAAUGUACAGUGAAGUUAGUGAAGGAAUUCAAACGCAGUCUGUAGUUCAUAAAAUAUAAAAUACAAGCAUGACGAUUUACUAAAAAAAAAAAAAAAUCAAAAUAUUAACAAGAAUACACUUUUUUUUAACAGCACACAAAACGAUUUAUUGUCACGACCACCCGCCAGUGCUAACAAAAGCGAGCGCUCUGCUUUCAGGCCCCGGGGCGCAUUCCGGAGCCUUCCUCGCUCACCAGAUCCCAAAACAACGAAACGGGGAAAUAACACAGGAGCGUAGUAUUUGCGUAAACAAACUUGAGAACAACAGGUCUGACCAACUCUGUAACUGAAUGGAAGGGCUCUGAUUUCGUGCAUGUUUGAGAUAUUUCAGGCUUUUUUGGACUUGCGACCUGAAGCCGCUGGGCCGACCAUGUGACCGCCGCCGUUAUCUUGGUAGUUCACCUGCAACUCCAGUUUCAAGUCCAACAUUUAGACGACAACACGCUGCCGGCAGUUUCUGUAGCUGCUGAGGAUCAACACCAUGGGAUCCUCGCCACUCGCAUUUAUUCUGCUGGCCUUAUUAGCGUCAUGGGGGGGUCCGCCCGGGUGUGACGGGGGCAACGUCUUGGUGUUCCCGGUGGACGGCAGCCACUGGAUCAACAUGAAGGUUCUUCUGGAGGAGCUCCACCAGCGGGGACAUCAGCUGACGGUCAUCAGAGCCGCCAACAGCGUCUACGUGGCGCAAAGCUCGCCGCUCUACACUGCCGUCACCAUCGACGUGGCGGGAACAUGGCAGGAAUUUUUCGAAUUUAUGGAGGAGCUCAUUACGAACCUCCGACAAGGACGCACCAUGCACCGCGAGUUCGCCAACUUCAUCUACAAGGCCCACUCGACAUGGGGAGACGCAAUCUCAGAGUUCCUGGAUGAUGAGAGGCGAGUUCAGAGUUUAAGAGACUCCCGCUUCGACCUGGUCCUGACCGACCCGGCCAUCGCUCCCGGCGUGAUUCUGGCCAAGUAUUUGGAUCUUCCUCUGGUGCUCAACGUACGCUGGAUCCAAGCCGGCGAGGGCCACAUGGCCAUGGCCCCGUCGCCCCUCUCCUACGUCCCCAUGCCGGGAUCAGGCUUGACGGAUAAGAUGAACUUCCUCCAGAGGGUAAAGAACGUCUUUUUCUACGUCAUGAUCACCCUCCAGCAGAAAAUCCUGAUCGACCCCAUCUACAGCGCCAUCUGCAGGAAGCACUUCCCGGGCGGCUGCGAUAUCAACUCGCUCCUCCGGCAGGCUGACGUUUGGCUCUUCCGCACCGAUUUUGUCUUUGACUUCCCCCGGCCCACCAUGCCCAACGUGGUCUACAUCGGGGGCUUCCAGUGCCGGGACGCCCGCCCGCUGCCUGCGCACCUGGAGGACUUUGUCCAGAGCGCCGGCGAGCACGGAGUGAUCAUAAUGAGUCUCGGCAGCCUGGUCAACGCUAUGCCCGAGCGCGACGCUGAGGAACUCGCCGCCGUCUUUGCCAGGUUGCCGCAGAAGGUGAUUUGGCGUCACAAGGGUCCUCGGCCAUCCACGCUGGGCAACAACACCCUGGUGGUGGAGUGGAUGCCCCAAAAGGAUCUUCUGGGCCAUCCGCAGACCAAAGUCUUUGUGGCCCACGGGGGCACCAACGGACUCCAGGAGGCCAUCUUCUAUGGCGUCCCCGUGCUGGGCAUCCCGCUCUUCUUUGACCAGUUCGACAACCUGGUGCGCUUGGAGCAGAGAGGAGCCGCCAAGAUCCUGGAGCUGGGUGACCUUAGCCAAGGCUUUGAGGCCAGCCUCAAGGAGGUUCUGAGCCACGACAGCUACCGGCGCAACAUACGGAAGCUGUCUGAACUGCACCGGGAUCAGCCUAUGAGGCCCAUGGAUCGUGCAGUCUUCUGGGUGGAGUAUGUGAUGCGCCACGAGGGGGCGCCGCAUCUGCGUACGCAGGCCUACGAAAUGCCUUGGUACGCUUACUACGGCGUGGACGUGGCCCUGCUGCUGGCGGCCAUAGUGAUUGCGCCGGUGUUGUCUGCCGUGGUUCUCGCCAGGUUCUUCUGUUGCAAAAAGACGAGAAAGAACAAAGCAAAACGACAAUAGCAAUCGACAACCAACCCUGAAACCUGAAAGCUAACAUUCGUUGUUUUGCUCAACAUCGAGCUUUUUCCAAGACGAUCUCAAGGUUCCACUGGACUUAUUGAAUUAGAAAACGGCAAAGUUGAUUUGGACUUCAGUAUUUGUCAUGAAAGACAAUUUAUGCUGAUUUGCAAUAUUUCCUUUUGCUGUACACGUGAAUGUCUACGACGGGCCAAAAUUUUGCAUGGAAAAAUCUGCCAGUGGUCUGGCGGGGAUGAUGAUGUCACUCGGGCUGGGAAUACGGAGGAGACAUUUUGUUGACUGCCUAAAAUACAUCCCUGUUCACAGUCAAACAAGAUGGAGUCAUCAUCAUCAUCCCAUUAGUGUUCUGCACAUGUUUUAUAUUCGUGUUGCUUCCAAGGACAUUUUGGUCACUACGACCAAACCCAAUUCACAGAAAUCCACACAUUGAUGGUCGCUUGCCAAUAAAUAGCAUCGAAAACAAGGCCACACAACAAGUCCCUUGCAAAAAGAAUAAAUGAUCAUAGUACUAAAGCAAAUUAAUCUAUUUCAAACUAGCAUAUGCUCAAAUUGGACUUGCGUCAAUUUUCCUUUCCUCUGAUAAAACAGGUUUAAACAUGACUUUGUAGAAUGAUUGCAAGCCAUGAAGUUGGACCUGCGCAUUUCUUAUUGUACUACGUCAUGGUUGACUUGACGAGUCCCAGCCCACAUCGAGCACAUGUGGCCUUUGUAGUUUCAUCUGCAGCUAAAUUUGCUAGCCGGAUGUCAAUGGACGCCGGCGGACAGACACGGAGGAGCGCAGAGUCGUCUGGCUGGAUGGUCGUUAGGAUCCGAGAGCGGGGAAACUUUUGUCUUGGGAGGCCACCUGGGAAUGGUGCAGGGACAGGAAAUGACACGUCGAGGCUUAAUGAAUUGCAUCCUUGGUGGAUCGGCUGGAAAACAUCAAAGACCUUCUCGAAUUGACAGCCGCCAUGUUGCUAAAGACACCAAAGGACAACCUUCAGUUUCAAACUUGUUAUCUUUAGUUCCGGCGUGGUUGAAAGAUGAGAGUUGAAGUUCAAGCCUCAUCCUGCAUUGGGAACACGCCUCCUAAUCCAACAUUUGUCAUUUGUUCCCUUGACGCCAGGCCAGGCGCUCUUGUGCUAACUUGAGACGAGCCCGAAGGCUAACAAGCACCACGGAUCAUUUCAAGGAUUUCCGACGCACAUACAUGCGGAUUGUUGUCAACGUUUUAUGUUAAGAUGUUUGCGUAAAAAUCAAAGACAGUUUGGACUCCACGUAUUUAUUGACCUUGAGAUAAUUUACAGAAUGAAAUUAAUUGUGGGGAACAUUUCCGAAGCAUCCAUUGUGGUAAAUGCAAGCACCAUUGAAAGCAUUGCAAGAAUUCAUACAUGUCACAAUCUUAUUUUUUUUUUCCUCAUUGGAAAUAUAAAAAUAGAACCGAGAUGAGUUUUUAUGCGUCUCGCUUGAUCCAUCGGCGCUGGAUUCUUUCUUCACUGGGGCGUGGCCUUGCGGUGACUCCUGACCAAGCGUGUCCUCCUCCUCCUCAUACCGGCUGAAGACCACAGGAGGAACUCAAUAACAAGUCCACAUUGCGGUUGUCAUUUCGUUUUGUUACCUGGAGCCUUCCUGGCGGCGCUGAACUUCCCGCCCGCUGCGACACGGACACAAUCGUUAUGACUCGCCACACGUUCUGACCUUCAGAGAUUCCACAACUUGCCUUGGAUGAGUUUGGUGAUUCUCUCCGACUCCUGCUCAAUCAGGUUAGGGUCGCUGUGGAUGGUGGUGAUCCUGGAGAAGUCCGGCCCUGUGCGAGUCGAGGAGUUAAAAACUCAUCAAAACGCAACUGUCGAUUUUCUUUCAAUUUCAGACACACAAUCAAGAUUCCUGAUGCUGUUUUGGAAAGGGAAGCGGAACCCUACCCUCGAUGAUAUGCGGCUUGAACCCGGCGGGGAACAUCGUUUCACCUUGGGAGGUUGGCGAGAAUCAAUCCAUUAAUUCACCUCGACAGACAGACAGAUAGACAGAGCCUACCGCCUUCACCUCCACCAUAGACAACAAUAGACGGACAGAUGGAUGGAUGGAUGGACAGACAGACAAAUGCCACCACCUCUGCCACCACCACCACCACCAAACAAAGAGGUGUAGACAUACAGACACAGAAGCCUCAUUGAAUCUUUUGAAUCUAGACCUGAUCUACUAUCAGGCCUGGUUGCCUCUCUUGACCACCUCUUAGGAAUCAAAGGCUAUCUUUGGGACUAAACCCUCCUCUCAAGACUUGAACCUUCACACUUGAGACGAUCCUUUUCUCAGGACUUGAGACUAGAAGCUUUUCUUGGGACUUUCCUUAGAGACUAUCACCUUCGAUCCAAACUAGAUCCUUGUCCAGAAAACAACACAGACUAGAGACUUGAGUUAUGGCUGAAGGAAAACCUCUUUGGACAAGAGUCUUAUCCAAGGACAAGAAUCUUAUCUUGGGACAAUCGUAUUCUCUUGGGACCGGGACCUUUUCGCUGCACUAGAACCUGAUCUUGAGAUUAGCGUCUUCUUUUGGGAUUAAAAGAAUCUUCUGUCAGGAUUUGGGACUAGAAGUUCCUUUCAAAGCCAAAUCUACAAAUCAAGGAGAGGCUUUCAUUUUGUGCACAGUUCAGUCGAACGGAUGGCACUCAAUGAGGCAUCUAGUAUGUUCUUGUCAGACAUUCAAACGUCAUGGUGCUGCAUCCAGCUGCUCCCGUCAAAGAAAAACACUUUUGGCUCGAGCACAAGUCAGUCAGCGAUUUACAACUUUGGCGGAACAACUUUACAGUUUCUUAUUUAUUGCUUUUCUCUCUCGUUGAACAACUUUACGAGCUGUCUGCCUUCAAGGAAGAACCAAUAAAAUACUUUUGUCAUAAACAACAA